AAUAUGAUUCGUUGAUUAGCUACAUCAUGCCUCUGUGAGAUGCUAACGGAUACCUGAGUGACCUUGUUGAUACCUCCACAAGAUUUUCUGCCUCCUGAACUAAACACUUUGGUCGCCACCAAACUGCAGGGAAACAGGGCAGCUGGCGCAUUGGUUUUCCCUUACCACACACACACACACACAAUGAUUGUGGCCACUGAGCUUGCAAGGAGGCAUCGUAGUUGGGACACCGAAACGUCACAAAAUAGCCAGAGGUUUUCCUGAGGUGUUUGUUGUUGAAGCUGCUCGGCUCGCUAGCUGACAGCAAACCAGGCAUGGACGACAAGUCUUUCACCAAGGAGUUGGACGGAUGGAUUGAACAGCUGAAUGAGUGCAAGCAGCUCUCAGAGAAUCAGGUCAAAGUCCUAUGCGAAAAGGCCAAGGACAUUUUGACAAAAGAGUCCAAUGUACAAGAGGUGAGAUGUCCAGUGACGGUCUGCGGAGAUGUCCACGGACAGUUUCAUGACCUCAUGGAGCUGUUUAAGAUUGGGGGGAGGUCUCCAGACACUAACUACCUCUUCAUGGGAGACUAUGUUGACAGAGGCUACUACUCUGUGGAGACAGUCACACUCCUGGUUUCUCUUAAGGUAAGGUUCCGAGAACGAAUCACAAUUCUCAGAGGGAACCAUGAGAGCAGACAGAUCACGCAAGUGUACGGUUUUUACGACGAGUGCUUAAGGAAAUAUGGAAAUGCAAACGUCUGGAAGUACUUCACAGACCUUUUUGACUAUCUGCCCCUUACUGCACUGGUAGAUAACCAGAUUUUCUGCCUCCAUGGAGGAUUAUCACCUUCAAUAGACACACUGGAACACAUCAGAGCGCUGGAUCGCUUGCAGGAGGUCCCUCAUGAGGGUCCAAUGUGUGACUUGUUAUGGUCAGACCCAGAUGACCGUGGUGGCUGGGGCAUCUCUCCCCGUGGUGCUGGUUACACAUUCGGACAGGAUAUUUCUGAGACUUUCAACCAUGCAAACGGUCUAACUUUGGUUUCAAGAGCCCAUCAGCUGGUGAUGGAGGGCUAUAAUUGGUGCCACGACCGCAAUGUAGUGACAAUUUUCAGUGCACCAAACUACUGUUAUCGCUGUGGAAACCAGGCAGCAAUCAUGGAACUUGAUGACACAUUGAAAUACUCCUUCCUACAGUUUGACCCUGCACCACGCAGAGGUGAGCCCCAUGUGACGCGGCAUACGCCUGACUAUUUCCUGUAAAAAUCACUGGUGAGAAUGGUAACAGGCUGUACAGAGGCUCCAGAAAAUAAGCAUUCAAGCUGUCAAAAUCGUGUGCCAUAAUCACAUAAAAUGGAAACUGUCACAUCUAGCUAAACACCACCGUCCUUUCAACUUUUUUCUCUCUGUGCAUGAUGUUUUAACUGCUAAAAAUGAUUGCUACUAUGAACUAUACGGUUGUAAUACCUGCUAGUUUGUCAGGCAAUGAACUAAUGCUGAGAGUAAUGACUAAAUGUUAGUAAUCUUUGUAUUAGGGUGUUAAUGAUGACCACAAUGUGUUGCCAUAUACAGUAUAUAAGCUGCAUCUUUCACUUGGCAUGGUCUCAGAGCAAAAGUUGCAGUAAAUAUAAUGUGUACUCUUCUUUUUUGUAACGGAAGCGAAACUGUUAUUUAUUUUGCGAAGUGAGAUCAUAGGGUUCAAUGUCAGAAAUGUCCUCUUUGCACUUUUGUAUUUGAUUUUUGUCACAUGGCACUGACAGACGAUGUUCUUUAUAUACCCCGUUGUAGUGGAAGUAGUUCUUUCUUCUGCUGUCUCUUAUGGGAGUUAAUGUAAUUCAUUCAAGUAGGCAAUACUGGUCAAAAUGAUAUCAGAUAUGAAAGAAAUAACUCAGUGUCUUGCAGACACAGCAGUACAAAAUAAAGACUGAAGUUGCUUCGUCAUUUGUUUCCCAUAGGACGAGUUUGUGGUAUUAUUCCCCACAGCUCUCACUGAUCACCACUAGAUGGACACCCUGAUGUGCUGAUACCAGACAGCACAGUGGCUAUCAGCCUUACUGUGAAUGUGCACAGGGAACUAUUUCUGUUUAUUUUUUAUUCCAUUUAAUAUUUUAAUUUUGUCUUUUCAACGAGGAAAACAACAAAACUGUUGGUUUGCAGUAUGGCACUCCAAGCCAUUUUAAUUUAAAUUAGUUUAUUUUCUUAUGUAUCUAUUUAUUUUAAACAUUUACCUACCUUAUAAUGUGAACCAAAGAAUGAUUGAUGUGUUUUCAGGGACAUUUACUUUCUCACAAGAUGCUAGUAAAUACCUGUAAAUGUGUGUUUCUUGUGCACAGAGUCGCGUAUGUGGAAAUCCUGCAAAGUUUUACCAGAUAGUAAUGAUUUACUGGCUGUAAAUCAAGUCAGCGACAAUGCACCGAGCACUGAAGGAUGUUGGCUGCAGAAAAUAAAGGCAUGACUUAAAGGA